AUGCUCCUCGGAGUGGUUUUUUCUAUCUUUGUACUCGCCAUAUCGGCCCACGCCACCUGCGAUGUGUCUGCACUCGCCACCGAGUCGGAAAAAGAACUCGGACUUCGGCUCUGUCGUCUUGAGUCAGAGAUGCAAGUGAUCGAAAGAGCCUUGCAAGAGGUGAUGCAGCAAACAGACGUCACAUCGUUCGACCAAGAAGUUCCGGCGAUGAACAAGCGUAAAAACGAGUUUAUCCGAUUUGGAAAACGUAGCGAUGGAAUGGAGAAGCGCAAGAACGAGUUCAUCCGGUUCGGAAAGAGAAAAAAUGAGUUCAUCCGAUUUGGACGAUCCGAUAAAGGUCUCGGACUCGACGAUAACGUUUCCAUGGAAAAGCGAAAGAACGAAUUCAUUCGAUUCGGAUGA